UGAAUGAUCCCUUAGCAAGGUGAAGGCCAUCUGUUUAGGCUGAAAGUGAGUGACAACAUGACCGCUCCACUUGACAAGAAACAAGUUCCAUUUGAUGACAGUAGCGGCAAGAGGGAUCAUCUACCAGCAUUGCAUCCCAAAUGGCUGGAGAAGAUGGUGUUUGUUGCCUACACUCCGCCUCCUACAGACAUAACUGACAGGGGUCAAUAUGAACAAUGGCUGGAGAGGUUAAAGUUCAUAGCGGAGGAUCUUCACUGGCUGCUUCAGCUUCCGCACGACAAGUUCUGGUGUCAGGCUGUGUUUAAUGAGAGUUUGUUGACAUUGUUGGACACGUACCUUCGCUUCUCUCCAAGGUCGUAUGAUGUCAUCUAUGACCUCCCAAAUGAUGGGAGGGAGCGCCACCUGGAGGUACAUCGCCUUGUCUUCAUGACCUGCGUCAGAAUGGCCACUCACAAGGAAUCAAAGGAUGACCACAUCACUCCUAGUGUAUUUGGUGACAUCCUGUAUGAGAACUUCAUCUUCGACGUGCCGAAGCUGCUGGACUUAUGUGUUCUAUACGGCGGUGGGAAUGGAGCUCUUCUCACAAAAAUGAUCACAAAUAUCUUCACUCAGCAGCCAAAGUAUGCCGACGACUUGCGGGCAACCAUCCCCACUAUCAUACAAGUGCUGGAGAACACCCAGGACAUGUGCGGUGUGACCUCGUCCUUCACGCCUGAGAAGUUGGGAAAGGCCCGCAGUAAGGAUCCGCGACUCCACACCAUGACAGUGAAGGAUUUCCAGGAUGUGAUAUUCUACCUGGCGGACACGGCCAUCACGAUAUCCAACUUCCUCGACGUGUACCCGCCAGCUGCCCACAUCUUCCACGAGUUCCGGUUCGAACAGAAAUUAGCCUCGUUUUAUGAAGGGAUUGUUCCUGAGAUACAAGCUGCUCUAAAAGUGCGACAAUUUGAGACAAUGAGUCACAAGAGGUUGCUGAAACAGAAGCUGCACCAGUCCAGGAGAUCUUUACAGAAGAUAUUCCACACCAUCCUAGAGCACACCUGCAUACAGCCGGUGCUGGAGAAGGGGGGAGAAGAUAUAGCUGAAAAUAUAGAAGACUUCCUCCACACCAUGUCAGCUGUGUUGGGAGAACGGAGGUUCCUGGCUGACUAUGAGAGCAGAUACAGCUUCCAGGAGUAUGCUGAUGUCAUGUGUCAGACAUCUUGUGACAUUGACGAGACCCAGGUGCAAUACAUCCAUGAUGCCAUCAACAGCGCAUACGCUACGUUUGGGAAGAGGAAGAAGCCGAAGGGGGCGAUGUCUGCCGGGGGGAGGACCAGUCCGGAUGGCUCUCCGGGGCCACUAGAGGAGGGAGCCAUGGGCGGGGCUGGGGCCAUCGGGGGUGGGGCAGGUGCGAUGGGGGGAGGGGCUGGUGCGAUGGGGGGUGAAGCUAUUGGUGAGGCUGAUGGAGAGGCACUGGACGACUACUCCAGCCAGGGUUAUGGUGGAGACGUCUAUCAGACAGAGGAUUAUGACCUUCAUGGAGCUUGUGCACCACGUCCGUCCAUCGUUGAGAUAGACUCUCUCGUCUCAUCUGUGAAGGAUCUGUUGCCUGAACUUGGGGACGGCUUUAUCGAGGUGCUGCUGGAGGAGUUCGGCUACAACUUGGAACAGGCCAUCAACGCUGUGCUGACAGACAAACUCCCGCCAUCUCUCAACGACAUUGACAGGUUCAUGGAAAGGGAAAGCUUUGAGGAGAUACCAUCCAGCCUGGUCGACCAGAGAGCUAAUAUUUUCGACAAUGACCAGUUUGAUGUCUUCCGCAAAGAUAAUGUGGACAUGAGCAGGAUACAUAAGGGCAAGAGAGGUGAUGACAUCUCCCUUGAUGACAAGUCUACUGUGAAGCAGCUGAAGGCAACGUACGAUGCCUACGGGUCACGCGACCAGGCCAGCAUGUAUGACAACCUACCGGACUACGAGUACGAUGACGAAUAUGACGACACGUAUGACACGAACAACAUCGGUGCCCAGGAUGAGGACUCUGCUGAGGAGCUCACAGCCAGAAGACCAUUUGUUGUUCCGCGGGCCUUGCAGACAGGCAGAGAAACAAAACGUCAAGCGGUUGAAUCCGAGGGAUCGGAUGAUGAGAAACCAGCCCGGGAUGAUUUUGUUCAAGACCCGGCCAAACUUCGCGAGAUUGCAGAACAGAAACGGCAGUGGCAUUCAGCGAGAGGUCGUGGAGGUCGUAUCAGACAGCAACACAAUGUAGUUGGGAAGCCGAAGGGUCAAGGUCAAGAAAAUGAUGUUGUCAGAAACCGAAAAUUCAAGGAAAAGAACAAAGCUGCCCGCGGGAAUCACAACAGGCGAGCCGGGGCGGACAGGAAGAGGGGCAGAGGCAUGAUGGCCAUUUGAAGUGCAUGAUGGGAAGACAAAGUAGGGUGGUAACAGUGUUUGACAUAUAAUUUCAGGUUGCCAAUUGGACCAUGGUUACCUGAAACUUUGGCGGAUGGGUCUAAUCGUGUCCUUUCAUUCAGAAACAUAGGUUGGUUUGGAUAAGUUCUUUGUUUGUAUAUGAAUAGAAGCCAUGCCGUCAUGUCUUGUACGCUGCAUAUAAUUUCUGUCAAGUACUAACUUGAUUGUCUUUGCAAUCCGAAUGAUGUAAAUUAAAUUAUGUUACAUGGUUACAGUAAAUAUUGUUACAUAAA